AUGUCCUUCUCCGGACGUCGUGUGAGCAUCCUGCGUCCCUCCAACCGGCGGUUCUCUGCCGGCAAGGAAUUGUCGGAGAAUGAACUCCGAUCGGAAACCCAUCGUCAAUUCCGAACGGCCCACGAAGGUCACCGUCCGCAUGCUGGUCUCGAUGCCUCGCGAGCCUCGACCGGUGUGGUGUGGUGUACUGAACGUGCGACGGAGCAUGGCUACGCCGAAGAUCCCUCGUCCUGGGCCAACCUAGGUCAGGGUGCCCCCGAGGCCGACGACGAGAUCGAGGGCAGUUUCCCCCGGCCCACCUCCAUCCCCAUCACCUCCGCUGCCCGUGAAUACGGUCCCACGGCCGGUAUCAAGCCCCUCCGUGCCGCUGUCGCCCGUCUAUACAAUGAGCACUAUCGUCAAGGCAAGCCCAGCCAGUACACCUGGGAGAACGUGUGCAUCGUCCCCGGUGGUCGCGCCGGUUUGAUUCGGAUUGCCGCCAUCCUGGGCAACUCGUAUCUUUCCUUCCCCAUUCCCGACUACUCGGCUUACUCGGAGAUGUUGACCCUGUUCAAGAACAUCGCUCCUAUCCCCAUCCCCCUCGCUCAAGAUGACCACUACCACAUCCAUCCCGACAAGAUCGCCGAGGAAAUCGCCCGUGGAACGUCCGUUCUGUUGACCUCCAACCCCCGAAACCCGACCGGUCACUUUGUUUCGCACGAGGAGCUGGCCCGGAUUCAAGACAUCUGCCGUGACCGCGCCACCCUGAUUCUGGAUGAAUUCUACGGAGGAUACAACUACACCACGGACUGUGACGGCACCACGAUCAGUGGUGCUUCCAACGUGGUGGAUGUCAACCAGGAUGACGUGCUUUUGAUUGACGGUCUGACCAAGCGUUUCCGUCUUCCGGGCUGGCGUAUCGCCUGGGUGGUUGGACCUAAGGAAUUCGUUAAUGCCCUGGGCUCGGCCGGAUCCUACCUGGACGGCGGUGCCAACGCCCCCUUCCAGGAAGCGGCCAUCCCUAUGCUUGAACCCUCUCUGGUCCACGCCGAAAUGAAGGCUCUGCAGCAGCAUUUCCGCGAGAAGCGCGACUUCGUCCUGGGGCGUCUGCAUGAGAUCGGUUUCCGCGUUCAGGACGUGCCGCAGGCUACGUUCUAUAUCUGGCUGGAUCUGACCUCGUUGGACCCUCCUCUUCCCGCGGAGGCCAACAUCUCCGACGGAUUGAACUUCUUCAAUGCUCUCCUCACCGAGAAGGUCAUCGUGGUGCCCGGAAUCUUCUUCGAUCUGAACCCGGCCAAGAGAAGAGAUCUGUUCGACAGCCCCUGCCACCACUUCGUUCGCCUGAGUUACGGACCUAAGAUGGAUGUUCUGAAGAUGGGUCUGGAUGGCAUCGAGCGCGUCAUCCGUCGGGCUCGGGCCAUGGGCAAGCAACAAUGGGAGGAUGAGGAGGCGAGACGGGGCCAUCGAGGGCCCUGGGGCUGCGACGCGCAGGAUGGUGCGCUCGCGACUAUGGCCUGGAAUCUAUAUCGCGCCCUCAACUACACUGUUUUCACCGUCCUCUCGAUCAUCCUCUUCUGCCUGGUGGUCUUGACCCCGGCCGACGCCAUCUACCAGUGCUUCGUCACCUCGCGACUCACCAACAUCUUCAUCAUCACUGGCGGAUACGUCGUGACCAUCAUCUUGGCCGCCUUGAUCUAUGCGACGCGCAUCUAUACCAACCGCACCGUUCUCUCCGGGAUCCCCAAGGCAUGGAUUCCCAUCGAAAAGGAGGAUGUCGGCAAAAGCGUGCGGCGCCUGGUGAUGGAGGGACUGGCCCGCAGCGCCAUCGUGGCCUACCAGGCUCGACCCCGGGACAUUGAUGCCGACGGGGACCGAUUUGCCGACUACCAGAUGCUCGUGGUUGACCGCGACCACCCCCCGUGGGACCAUGUCGAACACCCGGGCUGGUCGUCGCCGUCGUCGCCCGAGUUGCCCGAUCUGCCCUAUCGCACCGUCCUCCAGGAGUUGCCGAACCUGAUCGAGGCCAAAGCGGUCUCCCUGGCGCCGCCGGACCCGUACCUCUCCUUCGAACCCGCCGCCGCCGACUUGGAUCCUUCUCCGCCGGACACGCGCGUCGUCGAAAUUCUGCGGCGACCGGCGUCCAUGGGAUUGCGCGAGUAUCUCCAGCACCUGGCCGAGUUCGGCAUGAUCCAGCCACCCGAGACCGGCAGUGAAUUCCUCGCCCUGUACGAACGCGCCCGCUUCUCGUCGCGCGAGCUCCACGAGUCCGAAUUCCAAGAACUGAUGCACGUCUUUGCGGAACUGCUGCGCGGGAUGACAUUUUUGGAUCCACAGGCCCUGGGAGGAAUCCGGGCUGAAAGUUCCCGCGGAGACAGCGAGUCCGUCAUCGGCCCGUCGGACGAGGAGGGGGAGACGGACACGAUGGACUUCCACGGCAGCGAGGCGCUGUCCCGCGGUCGCAGUUACAGUCCGCGGCCCUCGAACGCGUCAACCUGGGAGGGUCGCUCCAUCUACAGCACUCCACCGAGACAGAAUGGUGGACCGCGAUACCGUGAGCCACAGCCGCACCACACGCUGGCCGUCCCCCGAACCCCGUCCAUGCGCUCGCUGCGACAGGUGCGAUCGAACACGUCGGGGAGCUCGGGAGGCAGUGUCAUCCGCCUGGCCGAUCCUCGCGGACCGAACGAUUUGCCGUACACGUUCAAUUUCAAUAUGAGCCACCGUCCCUACACGCCGUCGCGAUAG